AUGACGAGCCUCGUAUUUUUGUGCAGUUUCUUGGCUCGUAAGAUUAUAGCGAUCCUGCUUCUACGAGGACAAGAGCGCAUAUGUUUACGUACAGUUUUCGACAUUAUUUCACAGUUUGUAGAUCUAGGUUUUGUAGGGCUAGAACGAAGCUCACGUAGUGGGGGCGCUAGGCAACCAGAAACGAAAGAUGUUGAGCACACACGUAUACAACAGGCAGUUGCUCUUGUCGUGCGGCAAACGCAUCUUUUUUUGCGCAUAGAAAUAUCCUCACCAGAGGCCAAUUACAUGGGAGCGAUGGGUAUUUGCAGCUUAUUAGGUAACUAUAUGCAAUGAACGUUAACGAAAAUCUGGACAUCUAGUACCAGCAAACGAAUCUUGAAAACGGUAUCAAAUGAAAGCGAUAUUAACGCAUAUCAGUCUUCGACGUACGUUCAACAUUCACACGCAGGUCAAAAUAGGACUUUCGGCGUCAACAUCUUUUUCCAUCUACUUAUUCCACCAAAAAGAACAAGAACCUAGCACUAUCUUCAGUUUUAAAGUGAUGGUGCAUGACCAAAGAAAAUGAAACCCUUUCAUGGCGAUAAUUUUUAUCAAGAUGCUCAAAUCUUGGAGGAGCAAAAACAAAACGAAAAGGUGGAAGAGAAAAUUCUGCAGCUUCCGCCCGAAGUAUGCAUAUCACAAUUCUCCACGACGGUAUCACUAUGAUUAUCCCAAAAAUGACACCUGACGUUCAU